CCUUACCGUCGUUCUUCAAAUUUCCAAUCUUCGAAGGCCGAAAAUCUCAGGAUAUGUGUCAAUGGCAGUAUUAAGAGACAUGGCUGGGCCCACGGUCAGAGAGAGACAGGUACCCGCAGCACGCUUCACUGCCCACUGUAUAAGCAGCCGGCGUGUAGUUAGUUACGCAAGGAAAAUCAAUCAAUCGGCCGCGGUAAUCUAGCACGGCCUCCGCGGCAGGCAUUUAGAAGAGGCUAAUCAAAGCCGGAAUUGAAGAGCCACAUCGUUCCUGCUACGAGCGACGCAACGCUCCCUCUCCCUGCUGCUCCUUCCUGCCGGCCUGUGACAGUGAGGCCAGCCAUUUGUGUUCUUCUUUCUCAUCCCGUGGCCGCACCGGCACCGCGGUGGAAGUAGAAGAUACUGUAGCAGUGCUGCGGCGUUAACUCACGGGCGGACGGGCUUGCUUCUUGUGGCCUGAGCCGAUUAUCCCGUGCGGAGGAAGGAGCCCUGCUCCGUGGCUCGAAGCGUCAGUUACAUUCAGUGCUAUUUUCACCUAGUUUGGCAUGCAACUGGUUUGGGUAGUUGGCAAGUGGCAUGUGAUGUGAGCGAAUAAUGUCACAAGCUGGGUUGUUGAGACGAAGGUUGGGUUGAGGGAUUAAACUGCAGCCUGGAAGGUUGGAAUUUCGUGUGCGUCGAAUCUUGACCUGAAAGGAAAGGAUUUGUACUGGAAGAGGUGCAAAGGGCUGGAUGCUUCAAGUAGAAUUGACUUGAUCAAUUUAUUACUAUGUGGAUUUGCCAACAGAACUUACCCCUAGGAUGAAUUAACCACAAAAUAAACAAAUGGCUACUGAGGUCAAUCAAACUUACUUUGCCUGGUCGCAAGGCGAAACAACUGAGCUAGGUGUUCCUCAAGGAGUUUCUGUAUCCCAGACGCUCGAUCAUGGUUCCAUAUCCUUUGGAAGAUUUGAAUUGGAGUCACUUUCAUGGGAGAAGUGGUCUGUAUUUACUAAUGACAGACGCCAUGAAGAAUUCGGUAAAUUCAAUGGCCUAGUUGCUCAGAAGAAGGCAUAUUUUGAAGAGUAUUACAAGAGGAUCAGGGAGCUAAAGGCUGCACAGCAGCAGAUUCAGCAAACUGAACUUACCUUGGAAUACAGUGGUGAUGGUAGUGAUUCUAGCCAAACAGGAGAAGAUAUGAUGGCUGCGGAGCUUGAAAUUCCCACAGGAUCUGGAACAAUUGUUUAUGAUUAUAUGGAACAAGCUAAACACGAGACCACAUCUGAACAGGGAAUGCAAUUCUAUCAUGACCAUGAAGAUGAGGAUUUCCAUACAGAAUUUUCAUCAUCCAAUAUUGUUUCAUCAGACGGAACUUUGCAGCAAACUGAUCAGGGUACUAGAGAAGAUGCGCAAGGUGAUAAUUCAGAUUCUGCCAAUGUUGGAAAUAUAAGUUCUGAUCAUGACAGUAUUGGAGCAGCUUAUGAAAAUGCAAGGGCUCCUAAGAGAACAACUGAGAAAAACCCCAGACUUAGAUAUGCUUCCAAGAUAAUACCAAAAUCAAUCAAAACCGUUUCAGGCAGUCCUCUGGACCACGCAUCUGUUACUAAGAGACCUAGUUUGGUGAAGCUCACUAUGAGUAUGGACCAUAAGACUAAGAUAGACAAUGUUAGUAGUCCAAAUGUGGCAUCUCCAAAGAUUGCUGGCACAGCACGGCCUCGCAAGCUUGCAGCAAAAGAAGCUCUCGGGGUUACAGGUGUCAGAAGACCUUCCUCAGCAGCUGGGCUCCGCUCUUCCACUGGACAGCUGCACCCCAUCAUCAGGGCAAUCGUUAAGCAGCCUGCUGACGUCAUCACCCCGCGACGCCCUUCCACUGCUGAAAGACGCCUUGUCACUGGAGUGCAUGCACACAAGCCAGCCAAUGUCACCACACCAUCCAGGCCUUCUACUUCUGAAAGACACCCUGUCAAAAGAGAAAAUGCAGCAAAACAUGCAGAUAUUGCCCCUACAUGUCGGCCUUCUACAGGUGAACGACGCUCUAUCACCAGGGAUAGUGUUCUCAAAAUGGACCCAAGAACGCCUAGCAAGACAAGAACAAUUGUGGCUCAUCCAAAGGCUUCAACAACCACGGUGAGUACUCUUAAAAAGGCAGCUCCUCCAAGUGCUACUAAAAGUACCAAUCUGGAACCAAAAAGCGAUAUCAGAGGAUCAAAAGGUCCUUCAACAUUCAACAGUCACUUAACAAGGCCAAAGAGAAUGGACUUGCAAGUGGCUGGGAAACAUAAAGCAAGCUCGGUUGAUCUUCGUCCAAGGACAAAGUUGAGCUCCAGUGUUGGAGAACCAGCAAUAGAAACCUUUGGAAGGCUGAAAAAGAAAGAGGGCAUUCAGGCCACGGUGCAACCUCGAGCAUCUGCCUCAAAGAAAACAGCUCCUUCACAGAAUGGAAACGCAAAGGGCAGGGUAACAAAUCCACCACCACCGCCACCUCCACCGCGUCGUCCAUCAAGAACAAUGAACAAACAGAAUGGCAGCAUCUCAUCAAUUGGUGGAAGAAAGGCAAAGGCCUCAACACCGCAAUGGCAUUGAUCAUUGAUGCAAUAUAUGGGGGUCGAUCAAUUCAAUCUAAGUGGCCUGCAGAAAUGAUGGGUCUGCCGUCUGCGAAACGUCCUACCGUCACGGCAUGCAUGGCUAUCCUAGUUCCUGGCAUGGUGUUUCUUUGAGGCAGAUGCUACCUUCCAUCUCCAGCAUCCUCUUCUUUUUGCAAAGCAGUCCUACGUGUAUCAUAUUCAAAUCCACUGGUGCAUAGCUUUAUCGUCAAGGAACUUAGAAAAGUGUGUAUAUAUAUAAACAUCAAAUAAGUGGUGUUUUAGAUAAUGUAAGAUAAGAUUAGCGUAAAGCUUAUUGUAGGAAAAAGAAGAGUUAUGGUCCAUGAACUUUGUAUGGUAGUAAAUCCGUGGUAAAGAAAUCGUCCAUUUCUCGUUAUUUUUGUUA